AGAGAAUCAAAGUAUAAUGAUAUUCCUAAAUGAAGAGGGAAAUGUUGCCGCACUCAUUUUAUUAAUCAGACUGUCAAUUUCACCCCAGAGGCCAAACCCAGGAGCCAUCUAAAGCAGACGCAGAUCAGCGACGGGACAGCAGCUCCUCUCCUCACUUCUCCCCUCUCCCUCCACCUGGAUAUGUGGCUUUGAGCGAGCUCAGCCCGACUACAUCAUUCCACUGACAGUCCUGCUCCUAUUUAUUUGCUUAUAAACCUGUUACAAUAAAUGAUCAUUCGAGAAGCGUCACGCGCACCUUUAACGACGAAACCGCGAACCACUUUUUUUGAUGAAUGACAUUUCGGACUGGAUAAGAUGCACGGGUCAUUUUGAACAGUCAUUCGUUGCCCGCACUGGCAUUCGUCUGUUUUUUUCUUUCUUUCUUUCGUCUUGCCCAUAAAGGUGUUAUAUUAUUUAGUACCAGUAGCAGAGCUGACGGCGGAUUAGCUACGCCACAAAUUCAUCGGAGUACCAGCGGCGCCGGGACUUGGGCUGUUUUUUUCUGCGCUACUUCAUGAUGGAGAGGAUAAGAAAAGAGAUGAUUCUGAUGGAAAGAGGGCUGCACAGUCCCGUGUCAGGCAAGAGGCUCCCGAACCUCUCCGAGUCAAACGGAAACGCAGUGCUCGAGGCCCUCGAAAAUUCUCAGCACGCGGGGCGACUGAGCCCUAGAAUCACUUCCGCUUCGCUACACGCUAGCCUGGGCGACGUACCCAGCAAAGGCAAAUUUGAAAUAGACAGCUUAUUCGGAAAUCACCACGCCAGCGACAACAGUUCUUCGGCGGAAAUCACAUCCUCGGAAAACAGGAAGAAAUCAAGUCUGUAUCCUGAAGUUUCGACAGACUCCGAAAUGAAUAGCGAUGUGGAAGUGGGAUGCCCAUCUCAUCGCUCCCCAAGCAGUGUCAGCCAACACAAGGAAAACAAUAAUAAAGGUUUCUCAGAUAGUAACUCGGGGACCUCGAGCUCAAGUUCUUCGUCUGUCUCCAAUCAUAACGGAAACUCCAUCGGAAGCUCCACCAACUCAAACUCAGACCAGGUGCGGCGAUACCGGACUGCUUUUACCAGGGAACAAAUAGGGAGACUGGAGAAAGAAUUUUACAGGGAAAACUACGUUUCAAGGCCCAGAAGAUGUGAGCUAGCUGCAGCGUUAAACCUACCUGAAACCACGAUAAAGGUGUGGUUCCAGAACAGGCGAAUGAAGGACAAGAGGCAGCGCCUGGCCAUGUCCUGGCCACAUCCGGCCGAUCCCAGCUUCUACACUUACAUGAUGACGCACGCAGCCGCCACCGGAAGUCUGCCGUACCCGUUCCAUUCUCACAUGCCCCUGCACUACUACCCGCACGUGGGCGUCACGGCCGCGGCCGCUGCUGCCGCGGCCUCGGGGGCCGCAUCAUCACCAUUCGCCACCUCCAUCCGGCCCCUUGACACCUUCCGAGCGCUUUCCCAUCCGUAUUCGCGUCCAGAGCUACUCUGCAGCUUUCGCCAUCCUGGACUGUACCAGUCACCGGCGGGUCUCAACAGUUCGGCUGCAGCAGCGGCUGCAGCGGCUGCGGCGGCGGUGAGCGCACCUUCGGCAAGUGCUUGCUCGUGUCUCAGCUGCCACAGCGGCGGCGCGCUCAGUUCUCGCAGCGCGGGCUCGGACUUCACAUGCACGGCGAGCGCGCCCAGGUCCGAAAGCGGAUUUCUACCCUAUUCGGCUGCUGUAUUAAGCAAAACCGCCGUUCCCUCGCCAGAUCAAAGAGAGGAAAGCGCGCUUAAUAGAUAACUUCACAUCUGAACAUGUAGCGAAAGCUACAUUUGAUUUUAAUCAGCAUCGUGUUGUUAGCGCACUCAAAGUACUAAGGACAUUUUUCCAAGCCAUUCCAAGCAGAAUCCAUUAUACAAAAUUAUAAAAUAUAAACAAAUAUUAAAAUGAUAACAUCCUGAACUAGCGUCACAAACAUAAAAGAAAGAUUCGGUAUCUCGAAAGCUAUGUGACUAAAUAAACAGCACAGAUGUGUGAUCCAGCGUCUAUUGGAUUUUUUUUAUAUAUAUAUAUUUAGUUUUUUCCCCACUUUUCGUCUUCAAAUAUUAUGACAGGGCACACCACUUUCGUGCUGUAAAGAGAAAAAUACGGUGCAUGUGCAACUUUUAGUGUCUGCUGAGGUACCAGGAUGAGGAUGAUGACGAUGCCGUUCAGGGACUCCCUUAAUUCCAUGGAACUAUAGGCGCUGAGACUCUACACUGCUUCCACAGUGUCAAUUCUGCUGUUAAUAAUGUGCAGAUUAUGACGAAAAUUGCCAAUCAUGCACCUUGAUGGAGCUCCUUUGAAAGCGAAAAUGUAAGGAACUUCCCUGUUCUGAGACCCGAUGUCACAUCAUAACAACCCGCAGUGGGAAGUCAUUAGACGAGGCAGAUAAAGGACCUUGUGCUUCACACAUUGUUAUUGGUGCAUAUACAGUAACAAACGUGGCAUUCGUUAUCUGAAGAAAUUUAAGGAAGAAAAAACUCCCCUUCCGCUGAGUCCUAUUUCCAGUCUCCUUAUUGGAGCUUUAGUCGUCGUGGGUAGAAUUUUCUCUCAGCUGUGUUCCGCUGAUGCGAGCAGCCUCAUUAAAUACGAACCGAUAUUUCCAUAAUGCUCCCAACAGAGACUCUUCACUCACAUUGUAACGGGAUUAUCCGCACAAGCCCAAACUUUAGACAAAUUGCUCAUGCAUUUCUGUCUGCAUGUAUAUUUUUUGUCACAUAGAUAACAUUUUGCCCGUUAGACAACCGCAUUUUAACAAACGCAAAACAGCACUUGUAUAGCCAGUUAUGAAUGGUGAGAUAUUUUGUCAUAACAUGCAUAGUCUAGUUCUGAUAGAAUUAAACCAAAAUACCGACAGCUAUGUGAAAAGAACUUUCAACGUUGUAUUUAUUUAUUUAUUUCAAUGAGUUAGACAUCUAUUUAAUUCAAGUGACUGGAUGAAUGUUUGAGUUUGUCUUAGGUGCUCUAACAGUUCUACACACUUAAUGUCGACACCACAAUUUCAAAUAAAUAUCAUGGCAUCCAAGACAGAAUACAGAAAUGCAGGACAUAUACCAAAUGGUCAUUGUAUAUAAUGCAUAUUACAUUGCUGAGAAAGUUUCGAAUGUUAAAGGGUUUUAUACAUUAGUAGGGGAUGCGAAGGGUUGGUUCUCGCUAUAGAAACAGUUUGUUCAAUAAAUGGGAGUUAAAAAAAAAAAACUGUGUUUUGCCCUUCUCCCCAGGAUCGCUGUGAUUUAUGACUCUUUAAAUUACGUUUCUGUAUUUUAAAUAUUAACAACUGUAUGAUUUUUCAUAUUUUCACUUGAGAAAUAUGUGCAAUAUAAAAUGUAAAUUGUUAUUUAUUGAUGGUGUUUGUUCUUGGGGAAAUAAAUAUUUAAAA